ACACGUUGUCGGCUUCCUCUAGAUCUAGCUAGUGCUUGCUUCACUCGCGGGCGGAAGACGUAUUUGACAGGCGCUAGCGCACUUUCUCACGCAUAAUGGCCGCACCAACAACCACACAAACAGCAAAACGAACACCCGCACAGCAAUCCCCCACACACUCAGACGCUCUGAAACACAAACUCUCAACGUCACCAUAUGUGCUAUACCUCCCAAAAGCUCUCGCACUAUUCAUUCUUGGGUUCGCAUUCUCCAUCAUAAUCGACCUGUUCCUGCAGGAGCACGACAUAACUCGAUAUCCGCGGAAUGUCAGUCAGCUCUUUUCCACGGCGUCUUGGGUUCCACUGUGUUGCGGUUCUUCGGCGCUACUGAUUGGGACUCUGCAUCCGCUGUUGGACUAUGCCCUGUUCGGGAGGCCACAUAAGUACAAUAGGGACUGGUCGAGCGUUAUGAGGUGUUGCGGGGGGUUUAUUGGAGUAAACUACGCUGCGACGAAGUUGCCAUGGACAAGCAGUAUACAAGUGUCGAUGGUCCUGGCCUUGUCAGCGAUCUGGCUAUGGCUGAUGUUUGACCGAAGUCCACACGGCUUCUUCCUCUCAUCGACCGUCGCCAUCCUGGGAACGUGGUUUGCCCAAUUUUUGGUUUCAAAUGGAAUGUACAGCUUCACGAAAGCAGAUUUCUUCGGCGUGCGGUCAUGGUUCCCUUGCAUGCUGUUUUCGGGAGCAAUUAUGUUCGGGUCAAUUGGGCGUCAGUUGACGAUAGUACCGAUGGAAUGCUUUCCGCGAGAGCUUGAUCGAAAGAAGACCAGCGAAAGAGAACGGCGGCCUGUAGAGAAGAAGGAAUGAUGCGGGGACAUGACGGGGGUGGGAUGGGAUAGGCUUUUUGGUAGCAUACAUGAAGGAAAUAAUGGUUGUAAAUAAACACUCCUCCGCGCCGCGCAGUACACCGCAAUGUGUGUAUAUCCCACACAUGUUCCCUGCCAGCGAAAGUGAUG